CGUCUAUCAGAAUUAUGCGACAAGAAGCGCAAAUGUACAGUUUACGUGGACACUACAACUUUCGAGGAUGACCCGUGUCCAACGACGUCGAAAUAUCUUCAAAUGAGCUACAAAUGUCGGCCAAUACUUUUUGAUGGUGAGUCAUUUUGCGAGGGAACUGAGAUGCAGCUUGAGUGUCGAGAAGGCCGACGGCUAGCCAUGUACUCAGCCACUUAUGGACGCAGCUCUCGGGGACAAGCAGCUCAUUGUACUGCACCAGUUCACUUUGGAAGAGGUUAG